CGGUGAUGGUUCAUCGACAAGAAUCAUAAGUGUUACAUUUAGAUUUAUUGAUAAUUAACCAUGUCUACGACGGGACCGGAAAUCGUAGCCGGGUCAAUAGCGACUGCCUCGGCCACUGGAUUUUCCGCAAGCACCGUAUUUUUCUCACUUCUCAUUCCUGCUCUAGUUCUGUAUUUUAUCUACUUUCGGAUCUCUAGACGUCAUAUGCUCGAACUUGCUGAAAAAAUACCUGGCCCGCCUACCUUGCCCUUGAUUGGAAAUGCUCUGGAAUUAUUUGGAAGUUCUGAUGCCAUAUUCAGCAAAGUGAUGAAGAAAGCAGAAAAUUUUAAGGAUGUUGUUAAAAUAUGGGUCGGUCCCAAAUUAAUGAUCUUUUUGAUAGAUCCUCGUGAUGUUGAGAUAAUCCUUUCAAGUAACGUGUACAUUGAUAAAUCCACUGAAUAUAGAUUCUUCAAACCAUGGCUUGGCGACGGUCUUCUCAUUUCCACUGGUCAGAAAUGGCGUAGUCAUCGCAAAUUAAUCGCACCAACUUUCCAUUUGAACGUAUUGAAAAGCUUUAUCAAUUUGUUCAAUGCGAAUGCGAAAUCCGUUGUUGAGAAGAUGCGCAAAGAAAAUGGCAAGGAAUUCGAUUGUCAUGAUUAUAUGUCUGAACUGACUGUUGACAUUCUUCUGGAAACCGCUAUGGGUGUCUCCAAGCCCUCUCGGGACCACAGUGCAUUCGAAUAUGCCAUGGCUGUGAUGAAGAUGUGCGACAUUUUGCACCUCCGUCACACGAAAAUUUGGCUUAGACCUGACUGGUUGUUCAAUCUGACAAAAUACAGCAAAAAUCAGAUCAAAUUACUUGAGAUUAUCCAUGGAUUAACCAAAAAAGUUAUUCAAAUCAAGAAGGAAGAAUACAAAAGCGGAAAGCGUAAUAUCAUUGAUAAUACUCAGAAAACCGAAUCAAAAGGCAAUAAUAUUGUAGUAGAGGGUGUUUCAUUUGGGCAAUCGGUUGGUCUUAAAGACGAUUUGGACGUUGAUGAUGAUGUCGGUGAAAAAAAGAGACAAGCUUUUCUCGAUCUUUUGAUCGAAGCCGGUCAAAAUGGUGUUCUUCUUUCCGAUAAAGAAGUCAAGGAACAAGUAGAUACAAUUAUGUUUGAGGGACACGAUACCACUGCUUCCGGAUCUAGUUUCUUCCUUGCAAUGAUGGGUUGUCAUCCUGAUAUUCAGGAAAAAGUAAUUCAGGAACUCGAUGAGAUCUUUGGGGACAGUGACAGGCCAGCCACCUUCCAAGAUACUUUAGAAAUGAAAUAUCUUGAACGCUGUCUUUGAACACUUCGAAUGUAUCCACCUGUACCCAUUAUAGCUCGUGAAAUCAAGACAGAUUUGAAAUUAGCAAGUGGAGACUAUACUAUCCCAGCAGGUUGCACGGUUAUUAUUGGUACCUUUAAACUGCACCGACAGCCACAUAUUUAUCCUAACCCAGAUGUCUUCGAUCCUGACAAUUUCUUACCAGAGAAAACCGCGAACCGUCACUAUUACGCAUUUGUACCAUUCUCGGCUGGACCACGAUCAUGUGUAGGUCGAAAAUAUGCAAUGCUCAAACUCAAGAUCGUUUUGUCAACGAUUUUAAGAAACUUCCGCAUAAAAUCCGAUGUCAAGGAAUCUGACUUCAGACUACAAGCUGACAUUAUUUUGAAAAGAGCUGAUGGAUUCAAGAUUAGGCUCGAACCUAGGAAACCGGUAGCUACUACUGCAUAAAAGUACAAAGAUAAUGUAUGAAUUAUUAUUACAAAUAAAAACACGAUUAGUGGGCUUUUCGUGCGGUGAACUGAACAUAUCAUAACAUAUUUUAUUGUGUGUGUAUAUGCUCUUUGUUGAGCGCCAUACUUUUUGCACAUGCGUGAGAUGCCAUUUCGUAAAAUAUGGUUGUAUUUAAAUGUGUGUAUAUUUUAUCGGCCGUGUAAUGUGUAUAGGCAUAUUUACUACUUAUGUUAAUAUUUAUCUUAUGCAAUAAAUUAUGCAGCUAUUACGUUGCGAAACCUGA